UUGGAUCUAAAAGGAAGUCAGUAUUUGCUUUUCCAGCAAGGUCACAGAUCACCUGACUAAAAUCCUUUAACAGCUGGGAAGCCAGUGCUGCUGUGCUGAACUCAGGAGCAAUCGGCUGGGUUAGCAGCCCGAACCUCGCUUUCUGUGAGACUCCUGUUCCACGCUAUGGCAGGAGGAGGAUGCCAAAAGAAGAACUGUCUGACAGAUUUUACAGACUUAUUGGAUGAAGAGUGCCUGAGAGACUGACGGUCAGCAUUCCUUACGAUGGAGAAGACAGAUGCCAAAGACCAGUCCUCUCAGGGAGAUGAAGAGAAAGACCCUCCAAAGAGCCACCCCUACUCCGUGGAGACCCCAUAUGGUUUUCAUUUAGAUCUGGACUUCCUCAAAUAUGUGGAUGAUAUUGAGAAGGGACACACCAUCAAAAGGAUUCCUAUCCACCGAAGGGCCAAGCAGGCCAAGUUUAGCACUUUGCCCCGAAACUUCAGCCUUCCUGACAGCGGGGCUCGCCCCCAUGCUGCUCUUCCCCACCAAAACUGGUUCCCAGUGGUGCCAAGGAAGGUGUCGCUCGGGGCAGAAGAGCGAGCGCAGUCACUGCCGCCUGGUGGCCCCCAAGCCUCUGCCAGUGGGAGUGAGGUGAGCUACCACAGGAAGGCUCUGUUGGGAGAGACCGCCAGACAGCUGGAGGCCGCUGCAUCCAGGGAGGCUGAGCUCGGCUCUGGGUAUGGGCGGCCCCAGCUUCUGAGAGCAUCCAGCAUGCCAGCCACACUGCUGCAAAACAGGGCCUCAGAGGACCCCAACCUAAACUCAGGUCCCCCCACUUCUCCCGCUCUCCCUCCACUUGAGGGUGAAGACAGUGUCAGUGAUGGCACUUUUGGCCCUGCUGAAGGAUUUGCAGGUUUUCACAACUCCUCCCCACGAGCAGCAACCCAGUCAAAAGUCAGAGAGUUUGGAGACCUGGUACCAGGGAUUCCGGAGCUGGUCCGGGAGGGGACCAAACCUCCAGAGGCUGAAGAAGAGGCUCCACACCACCUCUCUCUCCCAAGUCCUCCUUUCUCAUCCCAGAAUGCACUUGUAGUUCUGGAAGAUGCAGAAGAUGAACACGAAACCAGAGAAGCAGAGGUGGUGGUUACCUCUGGCUUGCCAACACCAAGCCCCCCACCUCUGCCAUCACCCAUCCCUGAGAAUGAGCUCCCCUUAGAAGAAAUAGAGCUCAUUAUCAGUGAGAUCCCACCCCCACCACCGGUAGAGGUAGAUGUGAGAAGCAUUGGCAUCCGGGUCACAGAAGAAAGCCUGGGCCUUGCCACGAUGGAUCCUGGCAGCAUUUCCAGUCUGAAGCAGCAGCUCUCGGACCUUGAGGGCGAGUUGUCUGGGAGAACUGAGGAACUGGCCCACGUCAGAGCUGCCCUCCAGCAGCAAGAGGAGGAAAUCAAGGCUAAGGGGCAGAGGAUUCAAGAGCUAGAGUGCACUGUGGCUCAAUUGGCAGAAAAGCUUAGCCGUGAGAACACCAAAGACGCCCAGGGCCAAAUUGACGCUAUGGUCAACACUGACCCACUCCAUGGACUAUUGACCAGGGAAUUGUGUGACAAGAGCAUUGGGGUCAACCUUCUGAGCAGCAUGGGAUCUGAAAGCUGGGGGGCCAGAGGAGAAAAGAAUGGCUUCCUAUGUGGGCAGGACAGUCACAAACAGAGAGAUCAGAGCCCAGCAGAAUUGGUGCCACCACCCCAGCUGUCACUGCCACAGGGACCCGAGAUGAUCCUCACCUCCUCUUUACAUAGCUGCCUCUCCACUGAGCUCAGGAUUGAAGAAGCAGGCUUUGAGCCAGAGGGAGACUCUCAGUUGGGAGCCGAGGGUCCGGUCUGGGGAGCAGGAAGCUCUUCAUGGAGCAGCGAUAUAAAGGCUCCCCCAGCAGGGAAGGAGGAGGCGAGUUCAGAGCUGCCGGGGAGGGAGUGUCCCGGAAGGCCACCGAGCUCACCCACAGAUGCCAGUAUUGGGCAAUAUGUUAAGAAGAUCCAGGAGCUCCUGCAGGAGCAGUGGAGCUGCCUGGAGCAUGGGUACCCAGAGUUGGCCAGCGCCAUCAAGCAGCCUGCCUCCAAGCUCAGCAGCAUCCAGCGCCAGCUCCUGAGCUCCCUCAACCUGCUGCUGUCUGCCUACUCGGCUCAGACUCCACCCCAGAGGGAGUCCCCGGCCGCCUCUUCCCCUCCACCAGUGGAGAUGUCCCCGUCGGCCAGCCUUAAAUCCAUAAUGAAAAAGAAAGACUAUGGCUUCCGUGCAGGAGGUAAUGGGACCAAAAAGAACCUUCAGUUUGUUGGGGUUAACGGUGGCUAUGAGACUACCUCAAGUGAAGAGACCAGUGGCGAGGACAGCUCCCCAGAAGAUUUGUCUGACAACGAGGCUGAGAAGAAAUGUGAUGGCCCAGAACAUAGGCGGGGCAAGGAUGCCCACCCCAGCUGCAAGGUGGGGCAGGGCAUCGCUGAGGGCACCCGCGACACAGGCCAGGAAUGUGGGCCCAGGGAAGAACUCCCCCUUCCCAAGCCUGAUAGAUAUAAACCCUCAGAAGAAUUUUUUAAUGCAUGCCGGGCAUUAAGCCAACAUCUGCCGGAAACUGGGACCACCACUGACCAACUUUUGAGGCAAAGCUUGAACACCAUCAGUCAAGAGUGGUUCCGUGUCUCCAGCCGGAAGUCAUCUAGUCCUGCUGUGGUGGCUGCCUAUCUCCAGCCUCACUCCCCACACUUCCUAAGGCUGCUUGUCAACUUGGCUGAUGGGAACGGGAACACAGCUCUUCACUAUAGUGUGUCCCACUCCAACUUCUCCAUCGUGAAACUGCUGCUGGAGACAGGCGUCUGCAAUGUGAACCAUCAGAACAAAGCUGGAUAUACCGCCGUGAUGAUCACUCCCUUGGCUUCUGCAGAGACUGAUGAAGACAUGGCUGUCGUCUGGAAGCUCUUAAAAGAAGGAGAUGUGAACAUCCAAGCUACCCAGGGAGGCCAGACUGCGCUGAUGCUGGGAGUCAGUCAUGACAGGGAGGACAUGGUUCAAGCGCUACUGAGCUGCCAGGCAGAUGUCAACCUGCAGGACCAUGAUGGAUCAUCGGCCCUCAUGCUGGCCUGUCGCCAUGGCAAUGCUGACAUGGUGCGGCUGCUUCUGGCACACCCGGCCUGCGACAGCAGCCUGACUGACAAGGCUGGCCGAACAGCUUUGUCCAUCGUUCUGAAAUCACCCGCCCAUGUGGAAAUUGCAGGGCUUCUGCGGGCCCACGCAGAGCAGGGCAGGUCCCUGGGGCCAUAGAGGCUGUGGAAAAACUGGCAGCCAGGAACAAAGGCUUCUUCUCUGGACUUCUCCCUCACCCUUGGGUUAUAGCCCGAGGGCCACCCCUCAAGAGAAGAAGCUAUGUCAAAUAUGCACAUACAUUCCUGUUGUAUAAUUCCGCUCAUUAGGAUGCUUCAUAGUUUUGCCUUAGGCCAAGCCCCCAAACAAUGCGGGCUGCAGAGCAGGGUGCAAGGUGCAAGGUGCACUGGUGUCAUCUAAAAUCCCAAACAUCUUCAGCCUGAAAUUCCUCAUGACUCUACCCUUUGUAGCACUGCUUGGUGAGCAGGUGGGCAGAAGCACAUUAGAAAAGCAAUACUUUUCACAUGGAAUUUUAAAGUGCACCAUCUUUUUGUUUUUUAUCAAUCAUAUAUGACUAUAUCCCCUUGAAUAUGCAUGUCUGAGAGGAUAGGGGAAAGAUUUAAGCAGCCCUCUUGGCUAUCAUUCUCUAGAAGGCCCUAGGAGAAUCACCACACAGACAGGUGAACUGAACAGACUCCAUUUUGGGUGUUUGUUCAGUUGGGGUUGCAAGAGAAAUUUUAAAUUCAGACAAGGUAGGACGAAGCACAUUGGCGUCAGUGCCAGAUCUACAGUCUCAACCAUUUCCGAGUCACUGAGUGGCUCCAGCUUUCUCCAGGGAAAUUGGAAUUAAUCAGGAAAUUCAAUCCAAUGAAGCACACCACAUGUAUUUAGGAUGAGUUAUUGUCAUCCAGAAGCCACCACAUUUCCUCCAUAGCUGUAUCCAUGGUAAUCCCAGCUCUUCUCCGCUCAUAGCCCUUGUGAGCAAACUAUAAGCCCCAUGUGGCUCUGAGGCCCCAGACUGCAGAACUUUCCAGCCUGGACUGUAGCAGGAGUAUGGGAGCCAGGCGAGGCAGGGCACCCCCUAGGCUAACAUCGCUCUCUACUAGAUAGUUUUUUUUUUAAGUUCCGUAAUCCCAGGGCCCACAUGUGCAUGGUUCAUACUCAGCAACUUACACAGGGUAUCUACAAAUAUGUUCUUCCUUGAAGUCUCUUAUGCACAAAACUACCUUAUAUAAAAAAGAAAAACAUCAACAUUCAGUGAGUCUCACGUUGAAAACACAAAAGCUUGAGUUCUCAUUUUGACUGAGAUGCCACUUUGUUUGCUGCCCCUUGGGUGAGUCAUGAAACCUCCUUGGGCCCCAGUUUCAUCAUCUUUGAAAACGGAAAUUAGCAUACAGCCUACCUCCUGGGAGUGUUGUGCAAGGCACAGCGAUGGAAGUUUUGGAAUCCACUUUUAAUCCAUAAAAACUGCAUACAGAGGUUUGCCAUUGGGAUUCAUUAGAAAGGCUCAGAGUUCCAGAGAAGGACACUAGCAUGUGACGGUGUUGUUCAGAGGUAGAGAGAAUAGAGCAAAUAAUAAGCUGGAAUGCUUUAAACGGGUUUAUUUUGACCUCAAAGCACAUUUUAAGAGCAAAACCCUACAUUAAUAAAUGUUCUCCCCCAGUGCUUCUCAAAGUUGGAUGUGCAUACACAUCUAGGAUCUUGUUAGAAGGCAGUAGGUCUGAGGAGGGAAGGGGGCCUGGGAUUCUGCAUUUCUAACCAGUUCCCAGGGUAUUCCAAUGAUGUUGGGCUACACCACACGUGUUAGUAUAUUAAAAUGCUGCCCCUCAA